CCAGAGGGAAGGGAAGUGUCCCAUUCCAGGAUCACACUUGAUGGACAAGCCCGGCCGUGGGAUAAAGGAGAGGAAUGUCUAGCUCCUGUGACAAGGAUGUCAUCCUGAACAUUCUCAGUGUCCUCACCGACUUGCUGUCUCUGGGGACUGGGCGGAGGAUCCACUAUGUGAUCAGCAAAGGGGGCAGUGAGGCGUUGCUCACUGCCCUCUCUGCCGCCGCCCGGGCCGAGCCCCCCGACCACAGCACCCUCCUGCCCCUGCUGCGUCUGCUGGCCAGGGUUGGCCAACGAGAUAGGAAGUUUGGCCUGAAAGUGCAGAAGGCAGAAGCCACUGAUAUAAUACUGAGCUUGACAAGAAGAAACCUGGACCACCACCUGCCCCUCACCCACUGCCUCUGGGUCCUGAGGGUUUGUGCUUCUAAUGUUACCACAGGAACUAUGCUUGGCAUCAAUGGAGCCAUGGAGCUGCUUUUCAAAGUCAUCACUCCCUACAGCAAGAGACACGUCAGGACGGUCAGGGCAGCCACUGGGGCUCUGGCAGCUCUACUGAAAUCAAAGUCCAACAGCCGCCGGGCAGUGAACAGGGGCUACCUGGGUGGCUUGCUGAGACUCUACCAAGACUGGCAUCACAAUGAUGUCUCCAACAACUACAUUUACAUUCGAAGGGGUCUCCUGCUCUGCCUAAAGUACAUCACCAACAUCCAGCUGGGCAGGGAGACUUUCCUUGGUUCCAGAGGAAUGGAGAUUCUCUUCACAAGCGUGCAGGACUGUUUAUCUUGUAAAAAUCUGUAUCCUAUUAUAACCACUGCAACUCAGAUUCUGAGAAAGUGCUACCCCAAGGAGCAUUUGCCUGUGGCGACAGUAAGCAGUUCCUAUUCCUUCCCUCUUCCUGGGAAUGCCAAGGCUGAACCUCCAUGUGAGGAAUCUGAAGGUGACUAUGAAAGUGAUGGAGAAGAAGAGGCUGAAAAAGACCUGGAUAACGAGGAUGGGGAGAGUAAGGAGGAAGAUUAUGAUUUGGAGACAGAUGUGAAUAAAUUGAGGUCAAAGCCAGUGCUUGACCGGCCUGAGGAAGAUCUUGGACAAUAUGAAGCAAUGUGUCCAGAACUUUCCCAUAAUUUUCAGGAGCUUGAAUUGGAGUCUGAGGAAGAGAAGAGCUUGAAGGACAGGACUGAGAGUCUUCCCUCUGCUCCUUCUCAUUUCAUUCCAAGUGCUACUUCUGCGAAACAUCCAAACUGCAGAUGGAGAAACCAAAGUGUCACAGAGAUGGGACCAGAUCCAGAUGAACAAGAUUUCAAAGUUCCACUGCAGAGCUGGAGAAAGAAGGAGGAAUGCAGAUGGGAUCAGAAUGAUGAAAAGAGAGUCAUUGCAGAAGCAGCCCAGGAUACAGACUCCUGUGAAGAGGAAGAUGCAGCCAGAGGUCGUGUGCUUGCUUUGCGCCCUCUCCCAAAAGAUGCUGCUUGGUACAAAAAACUGUUUUACCCUCACUGUGAGGCCUCAAUCAAUCCUAGUCCUGGAGGGAGGCUGGAGAGCUCAGACAUAGUGAGAAAUCUUCUGGAGAAACACCAAGGGGAUGUCCUGUUCCACAGCCCUCGCUUCUACACAGCCAGGGCCAAAUGUGUUAAGUCCAUACCAGGCUACAGAGACUUGGCAUUUCCUGAUUUUUGGAGUCACCAGCCACCUCCUCACAGCAAGCCCAUGCUGGAGCGCAAGCAGGGAGUUCAAAGGGACAAAGUCCUAGAUGAUGUUCGCCGCCUAAUCCAGCCGGGUGAUGUGAUCGGCAGAACUGUGUUUGAUUUGGAUGAGCCCAGCAGCUGCUCAAGCCCAGGUGCUCCAGGUUGUCUGACAUUCUUCUCCAAGUUUGAAUCGGGAAACCUUCGCAAAGCCAUCCAAGUGCGUGAGUUUGAGUAUGACUUAAUUAUGAAUGCAGAUGUUAACAGCAACCAGCAUCACCAGUGGUUCUACUUCGAAGUCCGUGACAUGAAGUUAGCAGUUCCCUAUCGCUUCAACAUUAUCAACUGUGAGAAGUUCAAUAGCCAGUUUAAUUAUGGUAUGCAGCCGGUCAUGUACUCAGUGAAGGAAGCUGUCCAGGGCAGGCCUCGCUGGAUUCGGGCAGGCCAUGAUAUCUGCUACUACAAAAACCACUACCACUGCAGGGCAACUGCAGGAGGAGGCAUGAGAGGAAAGUUCUAUUACACACUCACCUUCAGCAUCAAGUUCCCGCAUAAAGAUGACGUCUGUUACCUGGCCUACCAUUACCCCUAUACCUACUCCACAAUGAUGUCCCAUCUUGAUAUUCUGGAACAAAAUAGGAACCCUAAGAAGGUUUACUGGAGGCAGCAGACACUCUGCCAGACACUGGGAGGAAAUCCAUGCCCAUUGCUCACAAUCACUGCUAUGCCAGAAUCUAAAAAAAGAAACGACCUGGAGCAAUUCUGCAAUCGUCCUUAUGUGUUUCUAACAGCCCGUGUUCACCCUGGUGAGAGCAAUGCCAGCUGGGUGAUGAAGGGAACCCUGGAGUUCCUUGUGAGCAGUGAUCCCAUCGCUGAUCUCCUGCGGAAAUGCUUCAUUUUCAAGAUUGUGCCCAUGCUUAAUCCCGAUGGAGUCAUCAAUGGCAACUACCGUUGUUCUUUGAGUGGGCAUGAUCUGAACAGACAGUGGAUGACACCCAAUUCCCAGCUGCAUCCAACUAUUUACCAUGCCAAAGGUCUUCUCUAUUACCUGCGCAGCAUUGGCCGGGCUCCUCUGGUAUUCUGUGACUACCACGGACACUCCCAGAAAAAGAAUGUGUUUCUUUAUGGCUGCAGCAUCAAGGAGACCUUGUGGCAAGCAGGCUGCAUGGUUGACACAGCAGUUAUCACAGAAGAUGUUGGCUACAGAACUCUUCCUAAAAUCCUGGAUAAAGUGGCCCCUGCAUUUGUCAUGAACAGCUGCAGCUUCCUGGUGGAGAAGUCUCGGGAGUCGACGGCCCGGGUGGUGGUGUGGAAGGAAAUGGGUGUGUUGAGGAGCUACACCAUGGAAAGCACCUACUGCAGCUGCAGCCAUGGACCCUACAAAGGCCUGCAGCUGGGAACACAGGAGCUGGAGGAGAUGGGAAGCAAGUUUUGCCUUGGGUUGCUGAUUCUGCACCUCAAAUCCCUGCCCUGCAGCAAGGAGGUGAUGGCUCAGGCAGCACUCCUGCUAGAUCUGGAGGAGGAAAUAACAGACCGGGCACAAAGAAGGUGCAGCAACAGCAGCUUGGAGUCUGAUGAUGAACCUCCUUGUGUGGAAGAGAUUGAUUACAAUACUGACACUGUCUCUGAUUGUGAAGAGGACUUCUCAGAGCUAGACCAAGAGAUCCAGGAGUCCCUCUCGUGGGUGGAAGGCGAGAGAGAAGAUGAGGGAGUGACUACAGGACAGACAUGCAGCUCCAGGGCUCUAAGGGAGCUCUACAUUUCCAGCCAGCCAGCCCCCAACAGUACAGCUCUUCCUCUGGGUUCAGCAGCGCUUGGGCUGUACAAUGGGUUCAAGAGCAGCCCUGUGUGAACAAGGCUGUGACUUGCAGGGCAGCGAGUGAAUGGGUCACUGCUCAUGUUUACCUGUUUGCCAGCUUCAGCAUCCUUCCCAGAUGUGUUGCUUCAGUUCUGAAUGGAAAAAUGUGUGUUUGUGUAAGUUGUGUAAAUACAUCUUUUGGGAAUGACUCCGUAUGUGUACACCAGGCAGAGUGAGAUGCCACUAGCCCAGAUGGUACUAUGUGAGUUCAUCCUUUCCUAAAUAUAAUCCCCAGUUUCCUGGAUGCCUCUAGUAUGAGGUUUCAUCCAGACUGACCUAAGGAAUGGUAUGUUGAGACCAAGGAACCAGAGACAAUUCUCCUUUUCCUACAUUAGGCCUUUGCCUUGAGAAGGGACAGUUACUGAUGCCUUUUGCCAGAGCUCUCUGUUGCCAUUCAUUUCUCUUGAGCUGUAGAGCAUGGAUCUUAUUUCUGUCUGAUCAGAAUUUUUACAAUGUGUUCAACAGGUUGGGUCAGGCUUUGUGUGUUUCUGAGCUGGUUAUAUCUCAACAGCAGCAUAGGAAAUCCAAUGUGCCGUAGUAAGGAAAGCAGCAGUGACAAUACAUAGCAAACCUCUGGAAACCUGGGCUAAACUGACCAGUAGAUUAGUCAUGGUGGCAAUAUCCAAGAGUGAAUUUAGCCCAGGCAUCAAUCAGAACAGUUUCUUUAAUCCCCAAGUGGAGAAAAAUUUGAUUUCUCCUAAAAUUGCCUUCAAACACAUAUCCCAGUUCCUGAGAAUCCGUCACAGACUGAGAACCCACACAUGUUCCCAGUAUCCCUAAAGUAUGAGAUCACAUCACUGCAUCUCACACUUCACAUUGCCUGAACUUCUCAUGUAUCUUAGACUCUGCUGCUGCAAAUGGGGAAUUGUCCCGAAUCCAAAUGGAACUAACUGUAUGAUGCAAGAGGCUCACAACUCUGUCACUGCUUUGUGAGGCUCACGAAGGAUGAACGUGUGUUGUAGCAUUACAGCCUGCAAGGACUCCAGUGAUUGAUUACCAGUGAUGAUUAUUAUUAAUAUUGAUGCAUGAUUAAAAGCACCAUGUCAUCCUUCCAUUUCUAUGCUGUUUGUGGAGAGAAUUCCUAGUGCAGAACAAGGUUCUCUCUCAUGUGUUUCUGGACACUCUUCCUCAGACUACCUAGACGUAUUUUUCAGCAGGAAAUUAUGCUUUAGACAAAAAGCUUCUUCCUAUCCUCCUAGGUUUUAAAUAUCCACAUAUUUUAAAGUCUUCACUAGCACAUAAGAGUUCCCUGUGCCUCUAUUAUGAUGCUCAAAAGACAAGUAGCUUGGGUCCUUAGAAGCUGAGCUUCUUAGCCCAAACUAAUUCAUU